GGAACCUCGGAGUAAAGUAUUUUCCUCCAUACUUGCUUCUUCUCUCUGGUGUUCAAGUCGCUGUGCAGUUCUAGCUUUCGGGGCACCAGAAUAGCUUAGGAAACUAAUAUAGCGUUCAAUCGAUAAGACUUAUCAUUUAUCAACUUAGUUUGUAUUUUGAAGAGUAUCUAUUUAAGAUGAUUCUGGUCUUCAUCAGUUGUUGAUGUUCAUUGAAGAAUGAAUGAAAAUCAGGUUGAAUAUCUCUUCACUGACAAAACUGGUACAUUAACAGAAAAUUCAAUGCAAUUUCGUCGAUUAGCUACAUCUAUGGGUGUUUUUCACUUUGAAAAUAACGGUUUAUUUCGUUAUACAGAUUCACCCUCGAGUAUAUAUGGUACUGAUAUAGAAGCUUUUAGAAGUCCAGUUAAUCAAGAGAAUCAAGAAGAAUUAGAUGAAUUAUCAGAAGCUGUACAUUUAAAAACAAUAACUGACUCCUCUAGUCAAUCACCUACAGUAAAUAGUGUACAAACAUUAUUACUUUUACUUUCAUUAUGUCAUACUGUACGAGUUGAAAGAAAUAUACCAAUGGAUUUAUUUUCAAAGAAAGAAUUCAAUAAUUUAGAUAAUGAUAAAACACCACGUCGUAGUAGUAGUGCACUGAGACGAGCAUCAGCAGCGCAUGCAGCAAGUAUAGCAUUUCGUGCAUCUAGAAGAGGACGUAAAGUGAAGACACAAGAUUAUGAAUAUCAAGCUUCAUCUCCUGAUGAAAAAGCAUUUGUGGAAACAUGUCGUGAUUUAGGCGUAGUAUAUCAUGGUUCAGAUGAAAGUGGUUUACUGGUAAUCACAAUUCAAGGUGAAGCAGUAAGAUAUCGUUUAUUAGAUGUACUUGAAUUUGAUGCAACACGAAAAUGUAUGUCAGUAGUUGUACAAUUUGUGCCCAAAGAGAAUAAUGAAUCUGAAUCAUUAAAUUCUCCAGUUCUUAUUUUGUGCAAAGGAGCUGAAACAAGUCUUUUGAGUCGAAUUGAUCAUAUGGAACAACCUAACACAUUCAAUGCAUAUGGAGAUCCUUUAGGUGAUAGUUUCUGUGGAACAGCUGGAUUAAAAUUACGAAUGGAUUCUGAACAAGUUAUGAAACAAGUGACUGAAUUUGCAACUUUAGGUUUACGUACAUUAGUUAUGGGUAUACGAUUAAUCACUAUUAAAAAAUGGAAUGAAUUAAAAACUAAACUUGAUAAAGCAAGAAGUAUAGUGAAUGAAGGACGUCAAAAAGAAUUAAUUACAGCUUAUAAUGAAAUUGAAAAAAAGCUUACAUUAAUUGGAUGCACUGGUAUAGAGGAUAUGCUUCAAGAUGGUGUUCCUGAAACUAUAAAAGCACUUCGAGAAGCUGGAAUUAAAAUAUGGGUACUUACAGGUGAUAAAGAAGAGACAGCUGUUAAUAUUAGUUAUGCAGCUGGACAUUUUUAUCCUGGUAUGCAAGAAAUUCGUGUUACCAAUUUUGAUGAUACAGUGAAAUGUGGAAGUUUUUUAAAAAGUCAAAUUGAACGUAUCAAAGAAUCGAAAAUUUAUGAUGCUGACACACAAUUUGGAGUUGUUAUAGACGGUCAGUCAUUAAACUAUGCUCUUGUGGAACCAAUAAGAUCAUUACUUACACAAUGUUGUCUUGAAUCAUCCACUGUAUUAUGUUGUCGUUCAACACCAUUACAAAAAGCUGAAGUUAUACGUUUAAUUAAAGAAAGUCGUAAAACAAUACCAAUUACAGCUGCUAUUGGUGAUGGUGCAAAUGAUGUAUCUAUGAUAUUAGAAGCACAUAUUGGUUUUGGUAUUUAUGGUAAAGAAGGUCGACAAGCUGUACGUGCAUCCGAUUAUGCAUUUGGACGUUUUCAUUAUUUAAAAAAUGUAUUACUUGUACAUGGACAUUUAUAUUAUCAACGUGUAUCAUUAUUAGUAUUAUAUUUUUUUUAUAAAAAUUUAAUCUUUACAUUACCACAAAUGUUAUAUGGUUUCUAUUGUGUUUAUUCACAACAAUCUAUAUAUCCACAAAUUUAUUUAAUUUUAUUUAAUUUAAUUAUGACAUCAUUACCAAUAUUUUUAUAUGGAAUCUUUGAAAUCUCUAUACCGAAAUCAAUUUUAUUAGAAUUUCCUAUUUUAUAUCAAAAUAUAGCUAGAAAUUAUAUUUUAUCUAAGAAACAUUUUCUUAUAUGGAUUAGUUUAGCUUGUUGGCAUGCAUUUAUUAUUUUUUUUGGUACAUAUUUUUUAAGUUUUCAAGGUCAUGCGAAUGAUCAUGGUUAUUCUAAAUUAAGUAAUCUUAUAUGUUUUGGUAAUUUUAUUAUUUUGGUCAUAUUUCUUGUUGUAAAUAUUAAAGUACUACUGAUAAGUUACUACUUAAAUUGGAUUAUAUUAUUAAUAUGGAAUUUAGCAAUUAUUAUAAAUAUUUCAAUCUUUUUAAUAUGUAAUGAUGUAUUAUUUCCUACAGAACUUGGUAAACAAUUAUAUGGUACAUAUACAAUUAUGUUUACUGGGUCUGGUUGUGGUUUAAUAUGGUUUAGUAUAUUUUGUAUAACAUUAUUAGCAUUAAUACCUGAUUUAAUUAUACGUACUAUUGAUGAUCAAAAUUGGCAAUGGAAAUUAAAUCAUUUAAGAGAUGAAUUAAAAAAGAAACAAGGAGAAUCGAAAAUGCAUACAAGAACAUCAAUUCGAGUAUCAAUUAUGUCAAAACAAUAUGAUGAAUUAGAUGAUAUUGAAGAAAAAGAUGAAAAUAUCUAUGAUUAUACAAACCAAAUCGUUGAUGAAUUACAAAGCCAUCAAAUAGAUGAUAAGUCAAUGUAUUCAUUACCAAAUAAUACAUCAACUAAUAAACCAUCCAUGACAUAUAAUGAUGAUGAUGAUGAUGAUAAACCAACUAACAUUUUAAGUGUUUAUAAUGUAGUUUCAUCGGAUACAAGCACAUUGACAACAACUAAUCCAAACCAUAUUAAUACUUCUACUAUACCAACAAUUUAUAAUAAUAAUAAUAAUACAAUUCAUAAUUCUAAAAGAUAUUCUUUAACAAAUCAUGUUACUAUGCCUAAUCCUAUACAAAUUAAUCCGAAUGCAUUAAGUGUACCUAGGUUAUAUGAAAAUAAUGUUGACACUUUAAAUGAUAAUAAUCUUUUGACAAGAUUUUAAUUUUCCUUUUUUUUCUUUUUCUUUUUUGUUAUUUUCAAAGUUUUUCUUCUUAUUCUUAUGUCAAUUGAAGUACAUUAAAGUGUGAUAAGAAAUGCAUUUUUAUUUUACAUGUUAUAAUAGUACUAACAACAAACUUGUUUUAUUUUUUAAUUAUCCUCUCAGAUUAUUGUUAUUACUAAUGACAAUUAUUAUUAUUAUCAUUAUUUCUUGUUCAGGGAUCUAAUACAUACACAUAUUACAGACUAAAUAAUGAAUAAUUUGUAAAUCUAAUUCUAUUGUACAAAGAAAACAUACUACUAAUACUACUACUACUAACAUUAAUACUGAUAUUACUACUACUACUACUACUAAUUCUACUUCUACUACUACUACUACUACUACUACUACUACUACUACUACUACUUCUACUACUACUACUACUGCUACUACUACUACUAAUAAUACUGAUACUACUACCAAUAAUACUGAUAGUGCUACUACUACUACUUCUACUACUACUACUAAUAAUAAUAAUACUGAUACUACUACUACUACUACUACUACUACUACUACUAACACUGACACUACUACCACUAAUACUGAUAGUGCUACUACUACUACUUCUACUACUACUACUACUAUUUUAUUUUAGUAACCAAUAUGAAUUGAAUAAAAGAAUUUAUAUAAUUU